UGUGUGUGUGCAUCAGUCAGGAGCUGGGAAAUGGGCGGGCAUCUUCCUGGUCCUGUUCACUUCAGUUGUUUUGCAGAACUAGAGGAGAUGCCAUCUGGCCACUGUUUUAUUUCUUUUGGAAAGUACAGUUUGAAUGACAAAGAGGUUCCAAAACGAGGGAAGACCUGAGAGAUGUCUGGGAAUAUUUCGCACGAUGCCUGCCGGAGCAUCAAUCAGAAAUUUACGCACAACUUCUUGCCGGCCGUUUUUAUCAGCGUGUUCGUUGUCGGGACGCUGUCCAACAUGUGGGGACUGAGGAGCGUGUACAGCAGCUGGAAUAAGAUCGGAAACAUUAACAUCUUCAUGCUGAACCUGGGGGUAGCGGACCUGCUCUACCUGUCCACACUGCCGUUCCUCGUUAACUAUUACGCACGCAACAGCGACUGGCAGUUCGGCCAGUCUUUCUGCAAGCUGACCCGCUUCUGCUUCAACCUCAAUCUUUACGGCAGUAUUGGCUUCCUCACCUGCAUCAGCAUUUACAGGUACCUGGGCAUCGUGCACCCCAUGAGAGUGAUGGGGAAAAUCAGCAGCCGUCAGUCACUAGCCAUCAGCGCUCUGGUUUGGACUUUGGUCAUUAUUCAGAUUAUUCCUGAUAUGUUAUUUGACAAGAAUGAUCAAAAAUUACCAAACGCAUGUUUCGACACCACUUCAAAUAACCUGACCAGGAACUACCUUCCCUACAGCAUUGGCUGGACCGUCACGGGAUUCGCUUUGCCUUUGGUUAUCAUUUUGGUCUGUUAUGGACAUAUUGUUGUGGUUCUAGUCAAGAAAGCCAACGUCAACCCUCUGCUGAAGCGGCGUUGCUUGAAACUGGUUGUGUUUCUUGUGAUAUUGUUCUCUGUCUGUUUUAACUGGUUGUGUUUCUUGUGAUAUUGUUCUCUGUCUGUUUUAUUCCUUACCACGUCUUUCGAAAUGUUAAUCUGAAAACCAGAAUUUUGAAACAAGAAGGGAUGUGUCAUCACAGUUUUGAUGACGUCUACAUUGCGCACCAGGUUGGCAGAUGCCUGGCAUGUCUAAACAGCGCAAUAAACCCGCUGAUUUAUAUCGUUGGAAAUGAUGAUUUUAUCACGAAGCUGCAGCACUUCAGUCAGAGCCUCCAACAGUCGCUGCCCGGCCUCACAGGAGCAGUUAUUUGCCGCAAUCCAAUGGAGGCAGACACAGAUUUGCCGGCAUCAGUUCCGAUCAGAUAAAUCCCAAUCGGUUCACCGGAGGAGCGCUUCUGUGCGUUGCAGCCUCUGAACAAUCAGCCUCCACCAGAACUUACACAUUACCGGCCACAAAGUCCUGUAAUGAGAGCUGACUGGCAGAAAUUAAUUCAGUUUUCUGCCAGUGUCUGUGCUUCAGGUCACUUAGAAAUCACGUCCUGCUGCAAAUUUUUAUUCAGCUUGGUCAUGGUGAUUGCAAAAAAUCAGAACUGGCUCAUGACUCAUGCUUAGUACUGUGCCAUACUGCUAUUUAUAUUCGUAUUUUUUUGUGUUGUGUGCUUCAAAGCAGGGAGAGUCCUGUGUUUAAUCACUGGGAAUUUUCAUGAUUUGAAUGGCACUGCCUUUGCACUGUUGCUGCUGAGGCAUUUGUUAUGCUCAGCAUGGUGUGUAUUUGUUCUAAAUCUUUUAGUUUACACAAACCAUCCAGAGGCACUGCUGCAGGGCCAUUGCUUUUAUUCUGACAGUUGUUUAGAAAAACAGAGAUGAAUUUAAUGAGAGAAACUAAAGGGGAGGGAUGAACAGUCUGAAGAAGUGCAGAGUAAACCUCAUUUCAAGUACACAUAAGACUCUGCAAAACUCUUCAAAACACUAACUUCAUCACAAGUUAAAGUGUUUUAGAUGUUAACUUAAAUAAAGGCACAGAGGGAAUAUCAUCAAAUGGA